UUUCAUAAGGCUGAGUUCUCUUCUACGCUAAUGGGACCUGAGUGUAAUAUGAAAGUAGAUAACAAGCACAUGGAUAGGGAGUGAGCGAGCGGAUCACCUGUGUCCCCGCGAAUGUUUGUUUACUGCGCAGCUGGUGUAUUUAGCGAGCCGACGCUCUGGUCCAUAUCAUACCCGCCCAGCUCAAUUGCUCUUAAUAUCGAACACUUAAUUAUUUCUUCAAGCUUUAUCUCUGAUCAUAAUGACCGAAAAUCACACAAACUUCCAAGCACGGCUCGAUUUCAUCCAGCAUCUGCUUCGUGAGCAGUUCAACGUCGAAGUAAAGUCGCACAGCACCUUUCAGGGACAAACGACUAACCUAGUGUAUGUCUGAAGGCCACAGAGAUUGUUCCUAUUCAAUAUGAUCCGGAAUGUCCCUUCAAGUACAACAACUUCGUCUACCGCAUUACUGUACAUUCGCCUCUUCGCAGAGAUGGGCCACAACAGCCUGGCGCUAUGGCCGCGCCUGAAGAUGCAAGAGAGUUCAUCAUGCGGCUCACGAACCGCAACGCCGAGGGAAUGAAUCCACACACACGGGUGGAAAACGAGGUCGCUAUGAUCUCACUCGCCGCAGACGCUCUCAGCGGCUUCGAACCACACAUCGUUCCAUCCGUAUAUGGCUGGGGUAGCGCGGCGCUGCCGACCUCGCAGGGCUGGAUCCUCCAAGAGCUCAUGCCUGGAGUCCCUCUCGACGAAACCUUCGACGACAGGUCUCUCGAGGAAAAGCAAAACAUCCUCGGGCAAAUGGCUACGUUUCUCAAGGCACUGCAAGACUUCCAGCUCCCGGAGAGCAUAAAAGAAUAUGGCGGAGUCACCUUUGCCGAAUCUGGACACAUCGUGAGCGCCCAAAUGACGAGCGUGGGUAGUGGACCUUGGCCAUCAUAUGAAAAGUACUUCCUCGAUCGCCUCGAACGCGCUCUCAGAACGGCGGGAAGCAAUCCCUACAUCAACGGCUGGCAAGCGAAUGGGGUCAGGAAACGCCUCGAGGACUUCGUUACGAGCGGUGUUCCGGCACAGUUCGAGAAAUUUCGGUCCUCCAACGACAAGGCUAUCGUACAUGCUGACUUCCCCCCGAACAACAUACUCUACGACCCCUCAAACAAGCGCCUUACAGCCUUGAUUGACGACGACUUUGCAUGCAUCCUACACCCGUCCUACGACCUCCGCUCCUUCAGCGGCGCGGGGAGUCAGUUCCAAGGCUGGUCUGACAUCGAGUCUAGCGAGCAGACCGCACUGCGAGAUGCGAAGCUGCACGGCUUCCCAUCGCCAUUGCCCGAGGACACCGAGGACGGUGUGAAAUGGGACGUCGCGAAGGCGUGGGAGGAUGAACUGGAGAAGCUGGAUGUGAAGAGGCCGAGGACGAUGGAGGGGAUUGAGAAGGUUGCAGAUGUCGAUGCUGUGCUGAGGUCAAUAUUGCCGUGGAGGGUUACGAACUCGGAUAUCUUGAGGCUGCAGUCUGAGGAGGUGAUUUUGAAGUGUAGGAAUGAGAAUGAAGGGCAGUUGAUUAAGCUGCUGGAUCGUCUGGGGUUUUAACCUAGGUAAAUGUGGCUGUAAUGUCCUCUACUAUGACCACGGCUACCACAACACCCUUUAC